AUGAUCUCCUUGUGGUGCACUGAGGCUAUGCUAGCAGUUAAGAGCAUCAAGAGCCCGGAUGGAGAUAUUAUAGACUGUGUCCACAUCUCUCAUCAGCCAGCCCUUGAUCAUCCUUUACUCAAAAACUAUACCGUCCAGAUGAGGCCAAGUUUCCACCCAUUAGGCCUAAUGAUGGGAAUGAGGUGGCUUCAAAGAUGGAGACUAGCUCCAUACAUGAGACCAAGUUUCCACCCAUUAGGCUUAUACGAUGAGAAGAGGGUGGCAUCAAAGAUGGAAACUAGCUCCAUACCUCAACUUUGGCAUCAAAAUGGGAGGUGCCCAGAGGACACCAUCCCUAUUAGGAGGACUAAGAAGGGCGAUGUGCUGAGGGCUAGCUUUAUCGAAAGAUUUGGAAAGAACAGGCGUAGGACAAUCCCAAAUCCAACUUCUAUAGAAUCCAACAGGAAUAAUAAUACGCAUGAGCAUGCAAUUGUUUAUGUAAGGGGAGGUAAGUACUAUGGAGCAAAGGCAACCAUAAAUGUGUGGAACCCGAAGCUGCAACAGAAAAAUGAGUUCAGUCUAUCUCAACUUUGGAUUGUUGGGGGUCCUACAGGACUUUUCAAUACCAUCGAAGCUGGCUGGCAUGUAUAUCCAAUUUUGAAUGGAGAUUAUAAAACAAGACUAUUUACUUUCUGGACGGCUGAUGGUUAUAAAUCAGUAGGCUGCUACAACCUACAAUGCUCUGGGUUCGUUCAAGUCAACAAGGAGAUAGCAUUAGGUGCCACCAUCUACCCCAUUUCUAGCUAUGGUGGACGCCAAUAUGAAAUCACUUUGUCUCUCUGGAAGGAUCCAAAAACGAGGAAUUGGUGGCUGCAGUAUGGGAAUCAAUCUCCAGUGGGGUAUUGGCCUUCUUCCUUAUUUCCUCAUCUGUCAGACGGUGCCUCAGAGAUAUACUGGGGAGGGGAGGUUGUGAACUUACAUUCAAAUGGUCAGCACACCUCCACGAAGAUGGGCAGUGGCCAUUUCCCAGAAGAAGGUUUUGGCAAGGCGAGCUACUUCAAAAACAUUCAAAUAGUUGAUAAGUCCAACUAUCUCCAAGCUCCUCGAGGGAUUCGCACUUUCGCUACACGAUCCAAUUGCUAUAAUGUGCACCCUAAGAACAAUGGUUACAUCUACUAUGGGGGUCCUGGUAGAAAUCCUAAUUGUACGUAG